AUGGUCAGCUUUACUUACCUGGAAAUUCUCAGCCUUACCCUAUUUGUGGCGCAUUACACGGCUGCACAAGGAAAUCCAAGCCAUGACAACGCUCCAUUGCUCAACUUUACCCAAAACGUAUACCACACGACUAUUUAUGAAAACUCUGCUCCGAAAACCUAUGUUGUGAGUAGAGAGAAGAUGGGUAUUUACUUGAAGGACCCUGAAUGGUCAAUAAAGUAUAGAAUCAUAUCAGGAGACAGCACGGGUCUCUUUAAGACGGAAGAGUUGGUGGUUGGCGACUUUUGCUUCCUACGUAUAAGAAUGCGAAGUGGUAAUACAGCUCUUCUGAACAGAGAGGUCAAAGACAAUUAUCAGCUGAUCAUUCGUGCAUCUGAAAAGUCACUGCAGCAUGAAGUACAAACUAAAGUCAUAAUUCAAAUUUUGGACAUGAAUGACUUAAGGCCGCUUUUUUCAACAACGUCUUACAGAUUUACAGUAAACGAAGAAGCUCCCCUCAAAACCGUUAUUGGUAAAAUAAGUGCUACAGAUGCCGAUUUGGGACAAAAUGCCAUGUUCUAUUAUACAUUUAACACCAAGUCCCCAUUCUUCUCUAUUCAUCCAACAAGUGGUUUGGUAAUGUUGGUUCAACGACUGAAUGCAACAGAAAUUGCUGUCCAUAGGCUCCAGAUUUUAGCAGUUGACCGCAUGAAAAAGAUUUCAGAGGGGAAUGGGUUUGGCAAUGUGGCAUCGUUAGAGGUUCUAGUACAGCCAGCACUUAAGAAACCUCCUCUCAUAUCUUCAGUAACAACAGCAAUACCUGACUCAUCAGAUCAGCUGCUUUAUGCCACAGUGUCGAUGGACCUGGCAGAUCCGGGAUGCAGUAUAGAUUCUGUGGACAUUGUGGCUGGAGAUCCAUUAGGCUAUUUCAAAGUUGCACGGUCCUAUGUGGGGAAAAAUGAAUUUACAGUAGUGUCUACAGCUCAGAUUAAUUGGUUGGAAAACCCACAAGGGUUUAAUCUCAGUCUUCGUGCUAAAGACAAGAGCAAACCACCAGUAUAUUCUCCUGUGCAAACAAUCCAUAUCCCCCCUUGGAGGUAUGCACAAGCAAGAUUUGAGCAAGAUGUCUAUAAGGUACAGCUAAAUGAAUGCUCUCCUCCUGGGACCUACGUUACUCUGGUAAAAACCGUCCCAGUUGUUCCCACAGGUGGUUACCACUUCAGAAUUCCUACAGACAAAUUUAAAAUCAUCACUCAAACGGGAUUAAUCAUCACCAGCAGGCAGAUGGAUAUAAAGGACCAAUCUCAGUUCCAGUUGGAGGUCACUGCACUUAAUGGACACAUUUUUACAACUGUUCUUGUUGACCUUGUAGAUUGUAAUAAUCAUGCCCCAGUUUUCACACGAUCUUCAUUUCACGGCUCCUUCAAUGAAAAUAGCCCUAUAGGAACAAAAGUCUUACAAGUAAGUGCCACUGAUGCUGACCUGGAAGAUAAUGGUAAGGUGACUUACACAUUGGUUAGUCCAAAAAAUGCCCCAUUUAGUAUAGAUAAAUUCUCUGGUGUUAUUACAAGCAAUAGAAUUCUUGACUAUGAGUUAACUCAAAGGAUGUAUCGCCUGCGAGUUUGGGCAUCUGACUGGGGAUCACCUUUUCAGAAACAAAGUGAAGUUUACGUCUCCAUAAUCCUUAACAAUCUGAAUGACAAUUCACCAAUGUUUGAAAAAGUGAACUGCAACAUCAGCAUUCCAAGAGACCUUCCAAUUGGGGAAAAAGUGGUAGCUCUCUCAGCAGUAGACAUAGAUGAGCUUCAAAAUAUCCAAUAUGAGAUCAUAUCCGGAAAUGACCUACAAAAAUUCAAAAUAGAGCCUACCUCUGGAAUAAUUACAGUAAGGGGGGAAUUUUAUGGUCCUCAACAUCCAAAGCUUUCAUUUUACUCACUUGCUGUCACUGCCAGAGAUGGGGAAAAUGAUGCAGAACCGACUAUAGUUAAUAUCACCAUUUCAAACGAGGGUUCUCCAGUCUCAGUGCAGUGUGAAGACACUGGAGUACUAAACAAAAUAGCUGCAAACAUGAUAGAUUCCUUCCAAUUCCAUUCUGAGGACCAAGACCUGGAGGAAGACACACCUUUUAACAUCCACAUAAUAAAUAGUCACACUCCGUUAUUUGAUGACAGCUUCCCAAUAUCUAUUGAUGUGCUCGAAAAUACUCCUGUCGACUCUUCAAUUGUUCAGCUCACUGCCAUUGACCUUGACACUGGUCUCAAUGGCCAACUGGUCUACGUAAUUUCUGAGGGAAAUGAGGAUGGAUGCUUUUCUAUGAACAUGGAAAACGGGAAUUUGAUUGUCUCCUCACCUCUAGACCGAGAAACUACCAGUUCCUACAUUCUCAACAUUACAGUCUAUGAUCUUGGCAUCCCUCAAAGGUCCUCUUGGAAAAUUUUAGCUGUUAAUUUGUUAGAUGUUAAUGAUAAUGCCCCAUAUUUCCCACCACCUGGCUACUGUGUUACAAUACUUGAGGAUACUAAAGUAGGUAGUCUUGUCCUCAAAGUGAAAGCAGAUGAUCAUGAUAUGGACGACAACGGGAGAGUAACGUAUACUCUUUUAACAGCCACAGAUAAGUUUACAGUUGACAGUAUGACCGGGGAAUUAACCGUCAAGGGCCUACUGGACAGAGAGUUAAUGCCAAAGUAUAAGCUCAAAAUAGAAGCCAGAGAUCAGCCUAAAGGUGAUCAUCAGUUAAUUUCCACGACAGAUGUGCUUGUUACAUUGGAAGAUGUCAAUGACAAUGCUCCAUAUUGCAGGCCUGUUACUGCUAAUGUCAAAAUUCCAGAAGAUAUUCCUUUAGGAACUGUUGUUUAUUUUGUGGAUGCAACAGACCCUGAUGUUGGCCAAAAUGGAGAAGUGUCGUACACUCUUAUCAGUGACGAGCAAGGCAUAUUCAGAGUCGAAAAAUUAACAGGGGCUUUGAUCAUAGAGAAAGAACUUGAUUAUGAGAAAAGGUCAUUCUAUAAUUUGACGAUAAGAGCUACUGAUGCUGGCCUACCGUUCCCCCAUUCCUCAGUGUGCCAUGUGGAGGUUGAUGUUCUAGAUGUCAAUGAGAACCUACAGGCACCAAACUUUCAAUCCUUUGUAUUCCAUGGAUCCCUUCCAGAAAGCUCUCCACCAGGAACUCCGGUCCUUUCAAUUACAGCUCAAGAUGGAGAUAAAGGAAAAGAUGGGGAUAUACGUUAUUCAAUCAGGGAUGGAACAGACCUCUCAGUCUUCAGCAUUGAUGAAGAAACAGGUACAAUCCGCACUGAAGCUCCUCUGGAUCGGGAAUCUGUUUCCAGUUACUGGUUAACCAUUUAUGCUACAGAUUUGGGUUCCGUUCCUCUUUUCUCUGUUGCUGAAGUUUACAUUGAAGUUAUUGACGUCAACGACAACAUCCCUCAAAUGUCAAAGGCUGUUUUCUAUGCAUCUGUCAUGGAGAAUUCUCCAUCAAAUGUUUCUGUUCUUCAACUGGAAGCCUCAGAUGCUGAUUCGGCAGGAAAACUUUAUUUCUUCUUUUCCAAUGGAAAUAACCAAGGAUUCUUCAUGCUGAACCCAUACACAGGUUUGAUCACAACCACAGCUCAACAGUUGGAUCGAGAAAGUAAGGAAGAGCACAUCCUUGAAGUCACAGUGUCUGAUAAUGGAACCCCACCGCUGCAGUCCAUCUCUCGUGUAGUCAUCCAAGUGCUCGACGUAAAUGACAACCCUCCUACCUUCUCUCAGAAGCUAUUUACUAUUCAGCUUCCAGAACGUGAAUCCUCAGAGGAGCCUGUUUCAAUCUACAGACUGAUCGCUAUGGACAGGGACAAAGGAAUUAAUAGUCAAGUGACAUACAGUAUUACUGAAUCUACAGGAGACAUGUUCUCCAUUCACCCCUCCACUGGUGUCAUCUCUUCUAAGGCAUCUUUUCCAGCGGGAGAGUACACUAUAUUGACAGUUAAAGCAUCAGACAGUGGCAGCCCAUCUCGAUCCUCCACAGUAAGACUUCACGUACAGUGGAUACAAACGCCAGAACCCUCAGAUGAGCCGCUGGUGUUCGAUGAACCCCAUUUUUCUUUUCAAGUAAUGGAAACGGAUCCUGUUAAUCACAUGGUGGGGUUAAUCAGCACGGAGUUCAUCAGCAGUGAAAUUUGGUUCCAAAUUACAGGUGGCGAUGAGGACCUGGAGUUUGACAUAGAUAAAAGCACCGGGGGUCUGGUUAUUGCUCGACCAUUACAAGCAAGCAAGAAGCCAGCGUACACCCUCACUGUACAGGUCACAGACGGCACUAAUACUGUCAGCACCCAGGUUCACAUCUCUGUCGUUCCAUUAAACCGACACCGUCCAGAAUUUUUACAAAGCCACUAUGAGAUUGAAGUCUCAGAGGAUAUGCAGCUCGGAGUGGAGGUGCUUAAAAUCAGUGCGACGGACAAAGACAGUGGAAGCAGACUAAUUUACACCAUCAAAGGUAGUGCUGACCCACGGAGUUCUAAAAUGUUUCGUCUCGACCCAAGUACCGGCAUCCUCUAUACAACAGAGACUUUGGAUUAUGAGUCAAUGCCACUUCACAUCUUGACUGUGAUGGUACGGGACCAGGAUGUUCCAAUCAAACGGAAUUUUGCCCGGGUCACCAUCCGUGUGCAAGACAGUAAUGACCACUCGCCUCAUUUUAUACGUUCAUUAUAUGAAGUAAACCUACCAGAUUCUUCACCUGCUGGUAAAGAAGUGGUGCAGGUCCGAGCCACAGAUAAAGACCAAGGGGACAAUGCGAAAAUUGAAUACUUCAUUCAUUCAGGUAACACUGAAGGAUAUUUUGCCGUUGACAAAUCCUCUGGUGUAAUUACCCUAAGGAAACCGAUGGAACAACCAUCAAAGAAUCGCUUCUCAAUGAUAAUCACUGCCACAGACCAGGGCACACCAGAACUUCAGGACAUGGCUACCGUCAACGUUCAUGUUAGGUCUUCUGACACUUCGCCUCCCAAAUUUACAUCUUUGGAAUAUGUUGUUGAACUCAGUGAAUCAGUACCCAUAGGUACUUACGUGACCUUGGUGUCUUCAAACAGCUGGUCUUCUAUAAAUUAUGAAAUCAGGGAAGGAAACACGGAUGAUGCCUUUUAUAUUAACUGCUAUUCGGGUAUUAUAUCCACCCAAAAGAAAUUGGAUUUUGAGACAAUGUCAUCUUAUCAGCUUAAAGUGCGUGGUAACAGUUCCCUGGGCCAUGCAAGUGAAACAACGGUAUUUAUUUAUAUUAUUGAUGAGAAUGACAAUCCUCCCAUCUUCUCUCAGCCUCUGUAUGUGGGGCAAAUCAGUGAAGAUGCAAUAAUAGGUAGCAUGGUUACUCACCUAGACCUUAAUCCACUGGUUAUUCAAGCAACUGACAAUGAUACAGAAGCGAAUGCCAUACUGACCUAUCAGAUUCUUGACCCAGAGGUCCUCAAAUACUUUAAGAUCAACCCAAGUACAGGAACCAUCUCAACAGUGGCUGAACUUGACUAUGAACUGUACACAACUUACCAUUUCCGCGUGUAUGUACAUGAUGGAGGCUCACCAAGUUUAUUUGCCUCCAAACCUGCCAAAGUCUCCAUUCAGGUGACUGAUGUCAAUGACUCCACUCCUAAAUUUUUAAAAGACACUUAUGAGUUCAAUAUUUAUCUGCCUGCAUACAAGGGCAUGGAGAUUCUGACAGUGACAGCCAAGGAUCAAGAUUCAGAAGUGAGCUACAGCAUUUCAGAAGGUAACAUGGACAAUGUCUUCUCUGUUGAUCAGAUCAGUGGAGUUGUGACUGUGAAUAAUGCUUCAGCUCUGCAGACACCUAGAGUUCUGUCUAUAAAAGCUUGGGAUGGAUUCUACUACGACACUACUACGGUGAAAAUAAAUGUUACCAAAACACAAGAGACCAGCUUAAAAUGCGGUACAAAGGACUACACAGCAGAGGUGAUUGAAAACGAUACUAGUGUCAAGUUUUUGGAAAUGGUGGAUGUAUUUGGAGUUCAGCUUAAUGAACCAGUUUCCUUCGCCAUUCUUACAUAUAUGGACCUUUUUCAAAUAGGUAGUUCUUCUGGAGUGCUGCAAACAAAAGGUUUGCCAUUUGAUCGAGAGGAACAAAACAAAUAUGAAGUGAUAAUUGAAAUAAGAGACAGUCGAAAGCCACCCCGCAUUGCACAGUGUAAAGUUGAAGUCUAUGUGGAAGAUAUCAAUGAUAAUGCACCAGAGUUCAUAAAUACACCAUAUUAUACUCCUGUAGAGGAUGGUUUAGAACCUGGGGAUGUCAUAUUCCAAGUUUCUGCUAUUGACAAAGAUGCUGGAAGGAACAGUGCUAUACAAUACUGGCUGAUGGAAGAUUAUAAGUAUUUUAGGAUUGACCCAAAACUGGGAGAUAUUAUUCUGAAACAACCCUUUGAUUAUGAAGCACUGAAUCAGUAUGUUCUAAGAGUAGGGGCCAAAGACAACGGAUUGCCAUUUUUGCAGGUGGAACAAGAAGUAGUGGUAAUUGUAAGAAAUAAGUCUCACCCGACAUUCCAAAGCCUUUACUACACCGUCACAGUGCCAGAAGAUGUACCAAUUUACACUCCAAUUUUGCACAUUCAGGCCCGAAGCCCCGAGGGUUUCCGUGUAAUUUACAAUAUUGUGGAGAAUGAGGCUCUCGUUUUGUUUAGCAUUGACUUUAAGACAGGGGCCCUGAGCACAGCUGGGCAACUGGAUUAUGAAUCUAAAGCAAAACAUACCUUAACGGUAAGAGCCACCGAUACAGCUCUCGGAUUCUAUUCUGAAGCAAGGGUUUUAAUUAAUGUGGAAGACGUUAAUGAUCAUCCACCAACUUUCUCGAAGAUGGUCUAUUUCAGCAAUGUAAUCGAAAAACUACCCCCUUACAAAAAAGUAAUUCAAGUACAGGCUUCUGAUCAAGACUCAGGUAAAAACCAAGAAGUGUCUUAUUACAUUGUAGGAAAUAGCACCAACGGCACUCACGACUUCUUCCAUAUUGACUCUAAAACUGGAGAAAUAACCACAACACAAGAGCUUGAUUACGAGCUAAGGAAUCAAUUCCAGUUCAAAGUUAGGGCAAUUGAUAACGGAUUGCCACCUUUGCAUACAGAUGCUUUGGUAAUUAUUAAUGUCUCAGAUGUGAAUGACAAUCCACCCGAAUUUAGGCAACUGCAGUACAAAACCAAUGUAAGUGAACUGGCCAACUGUGGACACAUUGUUAUAAAGGUCCAGGCAGUUGACAAAGACAGCAUAGAUGCUGGGAAGCUGAAUUAUUUUAUUCUCUCUGGUAACAAUCACCGUCAUUUUACCAUCAACAAAACAUCUGGAAUCAUCUCGCUCUCGAACCUUUGUAGGAACAGUUUUGACUUGUCGUACCACCUUCAGGUCUCAGCUUCAGAUGGGGUCUACAGGGCCACAGUACCUGUUUAUAUCAACAUUACCCAUGCAAAUAAACAUAGCCCAUCUUUUCAGCAGGACAUGUAUGAGGUGGAGCUAGCUGAAAAUGCAGAAAUUGGUACAAAAGUAAUAGAGGUACUAGCACUCGAUCCUGACGAUGGCCCUUAUGGAACUGUAAAUUACACUAUAAUUAACAGGUUGGCGUCUGAUAAGUUUUCAAUUGAUGAUAAAGGGCAUAUUACCACACUCAUGAAACUUGAUCGUGAGAAUGCAACUGAGAGGGUUAUAGCAAUCAAGGUCAUGGGCCAAGAUGGUGGAGGUAGGGCAGCUUUUUGCACCAUAAAGAUCAUCUUGACAGAUGAAAAUGAUAACCCUCCUCAAUUUACAGCCACGCAGUACACAUUGUCUGUCCAGUCUAACCUAAGCAAAGGAACCCCUAUCAUCCAAGUUGUUGCAUAUGAUCCCGAUGAAGGACCUAAUGCAGAUGUCACAUACUCUGUUGAAACAUCUGAUGAUGAUCUUGUUCACAUAAAUCCUUCUAAUGGGGUUAUCAUGGCCAAGGACAGUCUUUUAGGGUUAGAGAACCAGGUCAUUGCUUUCACAGUUAUAGCCAAGGACAGUGCACCUCCUCAUUGGAGCUCUAUUGUCCCUGUCCAUCUCCAAAUUGUGCCAACGGAAACCCCUUUGCCGAGAUUUUCAGAGCCGCUCUAUAGUUUCACUGCACCUGAAGAUCUGCCUACGGGCUCAGAGAUAGGAUUGGUCAAAGCAAUGGCAGUCGAGCCAGUCAUCUAUAGCUUGGUAGAAGGAACCACUCCUGAAAGCAACAAAGAUGGCGUAUUUACCUUAGAUAAGCACACAGGAGCCUUAACUGUUAAAAAAGGUGUAGAUCAUGAAAAAACAAAGUGGUACCUAAUUGACGUGCAGGCUAAUUGUCCUCAUUUGGGGAAAGAGCUGGUGUCCCUGGUGUCUGUAAGCAUUCAUGUCAAGGACAUUAAUGACAAUAAGCCAGUUUUUGAGGCAGAUGUAUAUCGAACCACACUUACAGAGAAUAUGCCUGCUGGAACCACGGUGAUACAAGUCACUGCUAAUGACCAAGACACUGGAAACGAUGGCAUGGUGACAUAUAGCUUGAAAGCAGAAACCGGUGAGAUCCACCAGUUAUUCACCAUUGACAGUGAGAAUGGAUGGAUUUCAACACUCAGAGAGCUGGACUGUGAGAAACAAAACGUCUAUCAGUUUUAUGUAGUGGCCUCUGACCAAGGCAGGAAGAUCCGUUUGUCUUCAGAAGUCCUGGUAGAAGUGACAGUGACUGAUGAGAAUGAUAACCCUCCCUGCUUCACCUCUCAUGUCUACAAAGGCUCCGUGGCAGAAAACAACCCCGCGGGGCAAAUCAUAGCUACUCUGAGAACAUGGGACAAUGACAUAUCUGAAAGCAACAGAAAAGUCACAUGCUACAUCACAGAUGGAGACCCUUUAGGCCAGUUCAGUAUUAAUGAAGUUGGGGAUCAAUGGAUUAUCUCCUCAAAAAAGCCCUUGGAUAGAGAAGAAACGGAGAAACACCUUCUGAAGGUGACAGCAUCUGAUGGCAAAUUUCAGGCCACAUCGGAAGUUGAAAUUACAGUUCUUGACAUUAAUGACAACAGCCCACAGUGUCAACAGAUUCGCUACACAGCAACCGUUUCAGAAGAUGCCCUUCCUGGCCUCUUUAUCCUUAAAAUAUCAGCUAAGGACCCUGACGUUGGCAAUAAUGCUCAGAUAUUGUACACUCUUCAUGGUCUUGGGGACAACCAAUUCCGACUGGAUCCUCAUACAGGUGAGCUCACAACACUGGCUCCGUUAGAUCGAGAGGAGAAAGCGUCUUACAACCUGGUUGCAAAGGCUACUGAUGGAGGAGGACUCUCGUGCCAAGUGGAUAUAACCCUAAAUCUUGAAGAUGUCAAUGAUAAUGGUCCUGUAUUCUCCAUGACACACUAUGCUGUGACUGUUUUUGAUAACACCACUGUGAAAACACCCAUAGCAGUCAUUUUUGCUAGAGAUCCUGAUGAAGGAUCAAAUUCUGAAGUCUUGUAUUCCCUUUCAAAUUCUGCCAAUGGGCUUUUCUCAAUCGAAGAAACCACUGGAGUUACUCGUCUGGAGAAGCCAUUAGAAGACAUAGAAGACACGGUCAUUGAUUUGACCACCUGUGCAACAGAUAGAGGUUCCCCGCGUCCACUUUCAACAUGCACGACCAUUACAGUAUCUGUGGUGGCUCUUAGUUACUACCGUUCUGUGUUUGGAAGUCCUGAAAAGGUCAUAGUGGUGCCAGAAGACAAAGCUGUUGGGUCCAUAUUGAUGGACUUGCUUGAACUUAUCGAGGACAACGAUGACAACCUAAUGCUGAAAUACGAAAUAUUGAACGGAAAUGAAGAUGGGAUCUUCCGCCUCACUCCUGAUACAGGGAUAUUGUCCUUGAAUGGAAAUCUGGAUUAUGAAGUACAUCAGCAGUACUUCCUGUCGGUAGAAGGUACCAGGAGCAGUUUUCCUCCCCUCAGCGAUGUCACUGUUGUUGUCAUCAAUGUCACAGAUGUCAAUGACAAUGAGCCUAUCUUCAACCAGGAAGGAUAUGAAGCUGAGAUUAGUGAAGACUCUGUGGUUGGAGACCUUGUUCUUGUGGUUUCGGCUGUUGAUCAAGAUGGCCCCAGCAACAAUAAGGUCACAUACACUAUAGUUAAAGGAGAUCCACUUGGUCAUUUUUCGAUACACCCAGAACGAGGAGAAAUUCGCGUUUUGAGCAUCCUGGAUAGAGAAAAGACAUCUGCCUACUCUGUAGUAGUUCGCGCUACAGACAAUGGUGUGCCAGCUCAUAUCACUGAAGUGACAGCCAGAAUCCAGGUGUCCGAUGUGAAUGACAACAAACCCAUUUUCCUGCAAUCGAACUAUACCCUCGUAGUUCAGGAUGGAUCACCUAUUGGAACCAGUCUGACGAAAUUCAUAGUGACAGAUAGGGAUUCUCCCAGACAUGGUCCUCCGUUCCGUUUCCAAAUUUUGUCGGGAAAUGACAGGGAAAUUUUCCAUGUAAGUUCGGAUGGUCUUCUGUCUACCACCUCCGUCCUAAGCAGAAGUCUAAAGGAGAAGUAUCAACUACAGGUCCAGGUUUCGGACAGUGGCAUUCCACAUCUCUCUUCUACCACCUUUGCCACCAUUCAAGUGAUUGACAGGAGCCGAUACGCUCCUUCUGUCGUUCCUUUGGAGAUUUAUAUCACCACUAGCGAGGCUGCUUUCCAAGGGAGCGUAUUAGGCAAGCUCCAUGCUACAGACAGAGAUCCCCACGAUACGCUUAUGUAUAGCUUGGCUGAGGAGGAACUGAAAAGAGGUCUUUUUUCGGUGGGAAUUUCAGAUGGCAAAGUGAUUGCACUCGAAAGUCUUCGCCAAGGAGAUUACUAUUUUAAUGUCACUGUCAGCGAUGGAACGUUUUCAUCCACAGCACCGGUCCAUAUUUAUGUGUGGUGUUUUAGUGAAGAGGAGCUUGAGAAGUCACUUGUCUUGAGGUUCCUGAAUGUUGCCCCUGAGGAAUUCAUCGGUGAUCACUGGCGUAGCUUGCAAAGAUUCCUUGGGAACCUUCUUAAAGUGGACAGACAGCAAAUUCAAAUGGCCAGUCUACAAAAUGAUGAGGAAUCCUCUGCUUUGGACAUUCUUUUGGUGGCAGGAACAGCUAAGACCUCACUCUACAGUCCCCAGGAUCUGGCAGAUAGAAUCGCUGGAUCUUCGCAUGAACUUGGACAGUCGGUGGGAUUACAGAUUAAGAAAAUGUUUCAUCUGCCCUGCCAGGGCCUGCAAUGCAAAAGCCGCACGUGCAAGGAAAUCAUAGAGCUAGACUCCUCUGUAUUAUCAUCAUAUAGCACUGCCAGGAUCAGCGUUAUUACUCCACGACACACACUGCAACAAGUAUGCACCUGCAACAAUUCUGCGAUGAGGUUUGAUGGGCAAAGCUUCUUGCAGUACCACCAUGAUGGAGACAGCAACGUGAAGGUUCAGUUUCGUCUGAAGACACACCAGUCUCACUCCGUUUUGGCAUUCAGCAACGGAACAGCAACCACUAUGCUUGAGCUUGUAAAUGGAUCUCUGCGCUUUAAAUAUCAAUGCAAAGACACCAUUGUCCAGGAAAUUGUUUCAGACGUCCCAGUAAACAAUGGUGAUUGGCACAACAUUCUACUGGAGUGGACUGGUUCUUCUGCCCAGUUACACGUCAACGGAGUGGCAACUGAGAAACCUAUCCAACCCUGUGCUGCUCAAUUAUCGCAACAGAGCAUGUUCAUUGGAGUGUUAAUGUCUGAAUCAGAGCAUAUGUCCCAAGGAUUCCAAGGCUGUCUCGAUGACAUCAGGAUAAAUGGGCAAGCUUCAUCAAGUUUAGGACAUUUGUUGAAAGAAAAGGGUAUAACGCAGUGCUGCGAACAGAGACAGGCAUGCAGCCAGGAACCCUGCCAUGGUGGCAGCUUCUGUGCAGAGAUCCAGAAUGGAGGUUACUCGUGCUUCUGCCGUUCUCCGUUCCCUGGGCCUGCCUGUGAUAUGGGAGCAAACCCUUGUGCAUCUUCCCCUUGCCUCCAUGGUAGGAUUUGUACACCAACUUCCAAUGGAUACACGUGUAGCUGCCCCCCUGUAUAUGAAGGAGACAGAUGCCAGGGUGCCAUGAUACAUUGCAUAGAUGGUUCUUGUCCGUGUGUUCCUACUGGUACAUGUAACUGCAGCGAUGUACAUGGUGGACGGCAGUGUGCAGGGCUGGUAACUCCUGAGAGGAAUAACAAAUCCUUCUUGGUUUCUGGAACUCAAGAAAUAGUAGAGAUUCUUGGUGGAGUUCUUGCAGUCCUGUUCCUAGUUGGCUUGUUUGUGGCCUUCAGAAAACGCGUGUGCCGAGGCUUUGGAAGCCACAAGCCAGCUCCCCAGGAGGACCCUGACAUAAAACCCUAUUUGUCUAGGGAUAUAGGGGUCGGGACCCAAGUUCCACCCAUGGAACUCAACAUCCUUAGUCCCUCAGCACGAGCUCAACUAGAUGCGGAAGGCCAGGCAAGGAGAAAUCAAGUUCCAGAGCUUCUGACUUUCUGCAAGCCUCAAGGUCAUAGGGGACCUGCCAUCUGUAGCGUGGCUCCAAACUUACCUCCUGCUCCCCCGUCCAACUCCGACAAUGAAUCAAUUGCCAAGAACAAUUGGGAAUGUGAAGAAAGCAUGUUUACAGGAGACGGUACAUAUUGGUCUUCUAGCUAUAUCCCUGCGGAACUCCAAGGAUACCCACCUUACGAGCCCGUCCACAACGCAGAGCGUUUAGCUCCACCUGUCCCCCCUCUACCCAAGGAACCUGAAGAAGAACGUUUAUUCGGAGGGUUCCCAUUUCCCUUGGAGCCAAGCAACAAGAGAGCCCCUCUUCCCCCAUGUUACAACAACAGAAACUUGGACGAUUUUCUCCCUCCACCUUCCCACUGCCAAGACCAGUACACAGCAAUUAGCUACUACCCAGCACAGCUCAUACAGCCGGAGGGACUGUCCUACCAGCAGGACGAGGGCUACAGGCGUCUCAAUGUCCGUCUGAGCGUGGCACAGCCUUCUUAUGCUGAUUGUGGUCCACUGCCAAUGCCAAAUUCAAAUUAUCAAGCACCCGAGUUGGCAGAAAGUGACUAUGGUAGCUGUGAAGAAGUGAUGUUCUAAGAGGCGCCAAAAAGAGUAUUUUGCUAGUUAAAAAAGCGGGAAUUGAAAGAAGGUUUUUUUUAGUUCCGACACAAAGAAGAUGGAGUCCAAAUGAAAGUCAAAAUGGAAGAGGUCCUUUUUGGCAUCUUUGGUACCAAGAAUGUGCAAAAUGGAAAGGAUUUAUAUGUGAAGGCUUGCUGGAGAUGUUUUAUUCUCUUUGCAAAUGUAUGUUGGACAGGCAGGGAGAGAAUUGUUCUGCAAAUCCAGUUUCUCU